AUGGCAGGCGAGCAAAAUCACCGGCCCCCCUUUCACGUCAAUGGUGAAUUCAAAGGUGUUGUCCCCGGGGAAAAUCAGCUUUUCGUAGUGCGUGGCGACGUCGAUCGUGACCUCGAAGGACUGCGAGGCCAUCGGGGCGAGGGACUGGGCGCGCAUCGGGUUGAUGGUGAUGGGCAGGUUCGCCAGCUCCUUGCUGUCCAGCAUGAUGAAAAGGGGCUCCGAGCUGGUGUUGGUGAUGCGGACUUUGGUCGUUCGGACGUUAUUGCGGGUCAUGUGGCCGAAAUCGAGCAAAUAGGACGCGAGCACGUAUUUUGUGGGGCCGUUCAUCGAGGUCGAGCUCCGCCGCAUCGUCCGACAGAACGCGGGGCUGGGCGGGCUCGUCUUUUCCCCGCUUUCCUCCGAAUCGGAGCUCGCAACGGGGAAGGACUGGAGCAGGGCCUCGGUGCUGCGCGGGAGGGCGUGGGGGGCGUCGUCCGCCCCGACCUCCGCGUUUCGCUUGGCGAUGAGGGACGCGCAAAAGGUCAACCGCUCCGCCUCGAGGGCCGUGCAAUCCAAAAAAGACGGCGCCGGCGGCAGCGUGGGGAUCAGGCGGGUGGAGUAGAGGGUGGCCGCCCCGCCCUUCGGCUCCACCGCGGCGUGAAUCACGCGGAGGUGGCGGUGGACCUUCGCAUAAAGCGCCGUCGGGGCUCGACGGACCUCGACGCGCGGGUCGACGCCGGUGAUGGCGAUGCUGUUGAAGAGGCCCUUCCCCGUGACGGUCACGCGCUUCGGGUCAAAGUGGCCGAUCGUGAUGAAAAUGUCCUCGGAGAUCUCGUCCGGGAUGCAGGGGGAGAAGGUCACCGUUAG